GGAUUGUUCGCCUUCCACGACUUAUUGAAAUUUCGUUGUAUUUAUGUGUAAUGCUUUUUAGAAGAAGUACUUAUAUUAUAAAGGAAUAUAAUAGGUUAAGAUUCGUUCAAAGAAAAGAAUUUUCAUUAGUAAAUUGCUUAAACGGUGCAAUGCUUGGAAAACACAGGAUUGUUAUGGUAAGGCAUGGGGAGAGCGAGUGGAACGAGAAAAAUCUAUUUUCCGGAUGGUACGACACAAAUCUCAGUUCAAAAGGUGUGAAGGAAGCACAGCAGGCCGGAUUGGCUCUGGCAUCCAGCAGCUUCCAGUUCGAUGUGGCGCACACAUCUGUCUUGACGAGGGCGAAACGGACUUUGGACAUCAUCCUCCAAGGAAUCGACCAGAAGGACCUCCCUACCUACGAGACUUGGCGACUGAACGAACGCCACUACGGCGGCCUCACCGGCCUAAACAAAGCGGAAACGGCAGCAAAGUACGGCGAUGCCCAGGUACAAAUUUGGCGUAGGAGCUUUGAUACUCCACCACCACCUAUGGAUGAAAAUCAUCAAUACUACAAUUCAAUUGUUGGUGAUCCGAGGUAUUCGAAAGAGCCAUCCAAAGAUGAAUUCCCCAUGUUCGAGUCUUUAAAAAUGACAAUUGAACGUACACUUCCUUACUGGUAUAACAACAUUGUCCCGGAUCUGAAAAACAACAAAACUGUUUUGGUAGUUGCACAUGGCAAUAGCCUGAGAGGCAUUAUCAAACAUUUAGAUUGUAUUAGCGACAAAGAUAUAAUGGAACUGAACUUACCGACUGGCAUACCUUUUGAGUACCAACUAGACAAAGAUAUGAAACCUGUCGUCUCUCUCAGGUUUCUAGGCGAUGAAGAGACAGUGAAAAAAGCUAUGGAAGCUGUUGCUAACCAAGGAAAAGCAAAAAAAUAGUGCAAUGAAAGGAUUUAUAUUUGACAAGUGAUAUAAGAAUUUUAUAUAAAAAAAUUAUUAAAUUUGAAUAAAAGAAUAGUAUGGGGAUCAAAAUAAA